UUCUAAAAAUAGUGCGGGAUGGAGGAGAAGAAGACGCCCGGUAGGGCUGUGUCGAAGGUGUCGCAAAUAGCCAACAUCUUCCAGACGGGCCAACGCGAAGACAUAAUAACACCCCUGAGGACGAAGCCGAGGUCGACGAGCAGCCCGGGGCUGGAGAGCAGCAACAAGACGGAGCAACCGGCUGCGGUCGAGAGUAACGUGACGGUGGUGAGGACCGAAUCUCAUCUGACGAGGUUCAACAACGCUCGAGCGCUCUUCGAGAAGCUGGGAGAGGAGCACCACAACACCAGGGCAAGCAGCAAGGAUCGCGCGAGUCUGAUAGUGCCGCUGCAGACGACGAAGAGUGCGUCCAACGUGCUGGACAGUCGAUCGCGCAGUUCCUCGGCGAACAGCGAUAACCGCGAUACCAAGAGUCACGACGGAGGAUCGAGGUCGCCGUCGCCCGUGCGCAAGAGCAACUCCACCGUCCUCACCGACAACACCAACUGCAAGACGAACGGCUUCGGCAGUGCGAACGAGCUGAGCGCGAUGACCAGAGUGAACGGUAACAGCACGACGGUAACGUCGGAGGACGGUCAACACCACAUAAACAACAACAACAACAAUAGUAGUAGUAGGACGAAGCCGAUGCUGAUGAAGAAGCCGGAGAAGCCUGAACGAAAGUUCAACAGUAAAGAGCUUAUUGAGAAACAGAAGAAUUGGACGUCGCACUUCUCGAAGACGCGCACCAGUCGCUACAACAGCGACCCCAACAGGCAGCAGGAUGGGAAGUUCGGGUUGAGCAGUCCCGAAUCCGAUCACCGUCAGCAUCAUUCCACCUCGAACAUUAGCAGCAGCGGUGGUGGUGGUAGGUCGGCGGCGGCGGUGGCGGCAAGCAGGAGCGCCUCCUUCAGCUCGCGCGUUCGAAGUCCUCCGACGUCGCCGCCGCCCGCGCCCCCCGACGUCACCAGACGUGCCAACUUCGUGCGCAAGGACCGUCCCACCUCCGUUCCAGUAUUAGCGACGAGCUCGCCCCUCUUCAGCCCCGGCUCUUCGCCCGUCCGCACCGUCAACACCAAAGUCAUCCGGGGUCUGCACCAUCGGCGCGACAGCGAAGACACCAACAACAAGGAGAACAAGCCCGAACUGGCCAAGCAACAGCCGCCACCGCCACCUCCGACGACGACUCCGACAGACUGCCACCCCGUUCAUCAUCACCACAACAACAGCAGGAUGUCUCCAAAGUCACCGGCAUCCGGCGUUCAUCCUACACCUCCGCAGCACCAUCGGUCCUCUCUGCCAGACGAGAAGGAAGCGAGCAAAGAGAGCCUCAGCGUCACCUCGGGCAGCUUGAGCUCCCUGAGUCCGCCCAGCAGCCCCAGCCGUGUGAAGACCGAGAACGAGAAGCAGGAGAGCGAGCCAAACGAAAAGACUGAGGAGGAAGACCAUGGUGAUCAUCCCGAAGCGAAAACGAAUAAGACUGAAGAGGAAAUCGUGCCGGUGCCGAGACGGAGCAAGGUUUCCACCGUUUCCCUGAACAUUCCAGCGGCGGGUCUUGGUUCGAGGCCGCCCUCCGUCGUUAGUUCGACGACUGACGAGGGCGGCUUCAACGAGCCCUGCCCCGAGAUAAAGGCCCGCCUCAAGCCGCACGAUGACAUCUACGACUACCCCACGGCGGGCGACCUAAAAGCCGACCUCUUCCUACCGCAGGACGAAGACGGUUACGCCGUCGUCGACCCCAAAGAGGAAUCACCCGCCGGCUCCGACAGCCUAGGAUCUCCGGCGCAACCGCGCAGCACUGUCGAGGCCAUCUACGCCGUGCCCAAUAAGCCCAGCUGUCUUCUGCAGCAAAAGUCCAACGCCUCCACGGAUUCCGAUUCUCAAGCCACCGUCGUCCAGCAGAAGAGCAUCGAUUCUGAUAUCAUGUACAACAGUCCGCCGCUCAUCCCGUCCGCACUCUCCGAGCUCGAAGGUCGCGAGAGCUACGAACGCGCUUGCCACGAAUUCAUUCAGCACGAAAGAUCCGCAGAAACCAAGAGUCGACCAGACGUAGUGCCAUGCUUCUCCCCCAAAGAACUCAACAGUCCGACGAAAUCGAUAGGUUCCGAUCGGGAUUCGCGUUCCGAGGCGAAUAUACUUGAUUUGAACGACGUGGAAUACGCGGAUGCCAGUGACGACGAGGAGGUGGACGAUGACGACGUCGAUGAUGCCGGCGUUUUUGAUCCGCAAGUGAUGAAGGAGACGGUGCCGGAGGCUAUGACCCCGGCGGAAGCGGAGAAUCUGCUAAGCUCCAAGAUUAUCGAGAAGAGGAUCAGACAAGAGAUUUUAUCGGACGAGGAGGCGCAGGAGAUUCAAAGGUUGCUGAAUCCCGAUGAGGAGGAGGAGGUUAAGAUGCAGCAGCAGCAGCAAACGGUAAUGAUGAUGACCAAGUGGCCGGAUCCGUUCAGUUCGAUGCUGCAGGAUUCCUCGCUGCACGACUCGAUGGGAUUGCCGUCGUUGAACGAUAGUUACGGGCCGCCGUCCAUUCAGGAUGAGGCCGUUCCUGAGCCCGUCGAGUACGCGCAGGUGGUCAAAGUCAGGAAGGCCGAUAAGAAUCAUCAGAUGAACGAUUCGACGAGCAGCAUCGACGUCUCCACUCAGGAUAUUGACGGUUCCUCCAUGAGCAAACUGGACACGAGCAUGGCAUCAGACUCGGGCCUAAUCGAUUCCGUGACGAGUCUGUCGGAGACGAACAACUUGGACAGCAUCACCGAUUUUGUGCCGAAGCCGCUGCAAGUUGUCGGCAUCGAGCACGGCGUUCAUUACUACGAGGAUGGACACUUCUGGAUGGAGGUGCCCGGUCUGCCGGAGGACGACGACGACGAUCUCGACUACCCCAUGUACAUACCGAAAUCGUCAAAGAUCCGUUUCUCGUGCGGUCCGAUACAGGUGUUCUCCACCUUCAGCAUAAACGAUUAUGAUAGACGGAACGAGGACGUCGAUCCGGUGGCGGCGAGCGCUGAGUAUGAAUUGGAGAAGCGCGUCGAGAAGAUGGACGUAUUCCCCGUCGAAUUGCUCAAAGGGCCCGAGGGCUUGGGUCUCAGUAUUAUAGGGAUGGGUGUCGGCGCCGAUGCCGGCCUUGAAAAAUUAGGUAUCUUUGUGAAAACGAUAACGUCGAACGGAGCGGCGUCCCGCGAUGGACAUAUCCAGGUCAACGAUCAGAUCAUCGAGGUGGACGGAAAGAGUUUAGUUGGCGUUACACAAGCUUACGCUGCCAGCGUUCUGAGGAACACCUCCGGCAUUGUUAAGUUUAGUAUCGGAAGGGAAAGAGAUCCGCAGAACAGCGAAGUUGCCCAGCUGAUAAGGCAGUCCUUGCAGGCAGAUAAAGAGCGCGAGGAGCGAAGGCAGAGAGCACUGGAAGCGGAGCAACCCAGCGACGCAAGCACCUUACCAUUAACAGGUUCAGCCAAUAGUAGUGUUUCGGAUGGUCCGGUUAGUCCUUCGGCUAAUAGCGAGAAUGUAUUUGAGCACGAAGGGGAGAACGACGUGGAAUCUUUGCGGUUUUUACUACAGGAGAGCCAGCGCAAACUCCUCUUAACCGAAAUAGAUGUAGCGCGUUUGAAGUCCAAGUUAAUGGAGCAGAAUGGGUUGAAGUUCGCCGAAAAUGAUAAGGUCGAGCAGACGGAGGUGAGGUGCAAGGAUGCGGAGAGACAGUUGAGUUCCGUGAAGAAGGAGAUGGCCACAUAUCAGAAUAUGUUGGAGCAGUCGCAGAAUCAGUACGCCGUGUUGGAGAAGAAGUACAGCAGGGCGAAGAUGCUCUGCAGGGAUUUCCAGCAGCGCGAGGUCGAGAUGGCGCAGAGGGAGGAUUUCUAUCAGCAGCUGCUGCAGGAGAAGGACACCGAGUACAAUGCUCUGGUUAAGAAUUUGAAGGACAGGAUUAUCGCGUUGGAGCAGAAUCUGAUCGAGACGCAGCAGCAGGCCGGUAUGCCGAUGUGCUUGCCGUACGACAGCAUGAAUUUGAAGUCGCUGACGCCGCAGAUGUCGAGGAGACAGCCGCCCACAAAGCUGGGACACUGCAUAACCACGGACUUCUCCGACACAGAGAUCUCUGAUGCCAGUCCCGACGACAUAAAUAAGAAAGGUACGGUCGAGAGGAAGCUUCCCAUCAAGGAGGAGUUCGAUAACGCCGUCCCACCGCACGAGCUUCUAGAUAUCUCUGCGAGCAAGAGCAAAGCCGAGCUGGCUAAUCGUGGAGCUCUGGCGAACCGACAGUUGCCGAGCAGCAAGAAAGGGUCGCUGAGCAACAGCUCCUCCGAUUACGGAUUGGACGAGAGCUACAAUUCCGCGGACGAACUGGAUCCGCCCUACAUCAAUGAAACGAACAACAAAGGGUGCGAACCCGUACGUCCGACUACAUUGGAGACGAACGUCUACAGUACAGCACAACACUACAACAGCAGCCAAAACGUGCAGUACACUCAAAUCCAGAACACCUAUAGUUCAUCGCAAAAGGUCGUAGGCAGUCGCGAACAGAGCGUUGUCUAUGCGAAGGUGCAGAAGGAACCCUCGCAGCAUUCCAUCGCUCAGCAGCUCGUCAGUCCUGACCCGUGGGUCGGAGCUGCCACCAACAAUAAGAGCGGAAUGGGACCGCCUCCAUCUUUGGCAGAACAACUCAAACAGGUUUUGGCGGAGAGGGAAAAGAGGAUGGGAACCGAGAGUCUCAGCAAUUCCACCGACGAGCUCAACGAGAAGAGCAAAAGUACGGCUCAACACCUUCUGGAGGAAAUCCGGCAGGCUGUGAGUGAGGCCAACGCUAGAGUGAAGAAGGUGGUGCCGGUGACGUUGUCCCCGCCCGGAUCAGUGCCAUGGCAACACCAAUCGGGAGCAUCGCCGACGCCUCCGUCGCCCUCUAGCCUCUCCUCCGGAUCGGUGUCGCCCUCAAGACACGACACCUGGAGCAGCAUGCAUCCAUCCGACAUCAGCCUGUCCUCCUGCAGUAUAGCGAGCAGCGACAAGAAGGGCUCGCACUUUUGGCAGUCGGCGCCGGUCGUCGACUGGAGCAAGGAGCAGGUCUGCCAGUGGCUUCUGUGGCUCGGACUCGAGCAACACAUAUCCAAGUUCCUCGAGCUUCAGGUCAACGGAUCCGCGCUGCUGCAACUGACCUCCGCAGACUUCAAGAUCCUCGGCAUCGGCAGCGAGGACAAGAGUCGCCUCAAGCGUAAAAUAAAGGAGUUGAAAGCGCAGGCGGAGAAGGAGCGCAAGCAGCAGGAGAAGGACAGGAAGGAGAAGGAGAAGCAGCAGAGGAAGGCCGAGAAGGCAAACAAGAAGAAGGCCUAAAGAUGAUGAUAGAUGUAGAAGAAGUAGAGAAAGAGGGGAGAGCGAAUUAGUGAGGGAAUCACUGUGUACUGUACAUUUUACUAUUAUUAUUUUGAUUCGGUAUACACUAAUUACCGAAAUCCUGCCAUACAGGUCGAUAUAUAUAUAUAUUUAUUUAUACAUAAUAUUUAUAAGUAAGUGACAAAGUAAGUAACUGUUUUGUAUAUUAUCAGAUAAUUUCGAUUUAGAUUAUAUAUUAUAUUUAGAUCGUAGGUUUCUCUCCAUCAAAUUCAAUUGUUCAUCAACAACCCAAUUGUUUUUAUUCUAUUUCGAUUAUAGCGACCUUCUUGUACUUGUACAUACAUACGAAACGUAUACAUCAUGUUUAU